AUAGGGAGGCUGGGAACAGCAGCGCUGUUCGGACCGGAGCAGAAUAAGAGACUGAGAAACAGUCGGUUUUAAGAAAGGUGUGGAUAUAAAAGACCAUUUCCAGUUAAAGGCUCCACCUGCCAUGGAAGCACUUGUAGAGCGACUGGAACAGGCUGUAAUUCGGCUCGAGGUGGCUUCAGCCAAGCUUCAUGGUUGCUUUGAGAACCUGACUAAUGGUGAUAUUAAUGGACAUGAUGGUGAAUCACAGUGUCUGGAUGCAUUUGACGAUUUACUGAAAGGUCCUCUGUCUGAAUACCUGAAGAGCAGCCAGAGUAUUGGAGGCGAUGUGGCAAAACAUGCUGAGAUGGUGAACAACGCUCUGCAGGUACAGAGGGCCUUCCUGAAAUUAGCCACCACACACCAGGAACCUGCACAGACAGAGUUGGCAGAUCUCCUAAGGCCAAUCUCCGAGCAGAUUGAGCAGAUCCAGAACUUCAGGGAAAAGAACCGUGGAAGUAAUCACUUCAACCACCUGUCUGCUGUCAGCGAGAGCAUUUCUGCACUGGGAUGGGUUGCAGUGAGUCAAAAACCAGGACCCUAUGUAAAGGAGAUGAAUGAUGCUGCUAUCUUUUAUACCAACAGAGUUCUCAAAGACUACAAAGACAGUGAUCCCUGCCAUGUAGAGUGGGUGCAUUCUUACUUGAGUAUCUGGACUGAAGUGCAGACCUAUAUCAAACGGCAUCACACCACCGGACUGGUCUGGAGCAAGACGGGUCCUGUAGCCCCUUCAUCCUCUGCUGCUAAAUGUCCUCCACCUCCACCUCCACCACCACCUCCACCUGCGUUCCCAGACGAUGAUCAAAAGCCGGAAAACACAGCAGCUCAGCGUUCUGCCCUGUUUGCUCAGCUCAACCAAGGGGAGGCUAUUACUAAAGGGUUGAAGCAUGUGUCUGAUAAGGAGAAGACCCAUAAGAACCCCACUCUUCACUCUCAGGGUGUAUGCAAUGCCUCUCCCUCAAAAGCCAGAGUUCCCAGCUCCUCCACUCCUGCACCAGCCAAGAAACAUUCCCCGAUACUGGAGCUGGAGGGAAAGAAGUGGAGGGUGGAAUACCAGGAACAGGUUCAUGAUCUGGUAAUAGACGAGACAGAGCUCAAACAGGUGGUUUAUGUCUUCGGCUGCAACAACUCCACUCUUCAGAUUAAAGGCAAAGUGAAUUCCAUCAUAGUGGACAACUGCAAGAAGCUUGGACUUGUGUUUGACAACGUGGUUGGAAUUCUUGAAAUUAUCAACUCCGGAGACAUUAAGCUCCAGGUGGUGGGAAAAGUGCCGACUAUUUCCAUCAAUAAGACAGAGGGAUGCCACGUCUACCUUAGUAAGGAGUCUCUUGACUGCGAGAUUGUCAGUGCCAAGAGUUCAGAAAUGAACAUCCUGGUUCCUCAAGACGAUGAUGAUUAUAGAGAGUUUCCUGUGCCGGAGCAGUUUAAGACCGUUUGGGAUGGGUCCAAGUUGGUGACGGAGCCUACAGAGAUUGCUGGUUGAUAGAUGGCUUUACUAGUCUUUCCAUGUCAUUGUGACUGCUAGCACAUAUCACCCAGAUCACUCGGCACUAAUCUUCUACACACAGACGGGUCUUAGUCCCAAAUUACAGUUAAUAGCCAGCCUCGUAGCAUUAAAAAUUCUUUUGUGAUAGGUCAUUCAAUGGAGCAUAAAUUAGUGGUUGAACUGCAUAUAAUACAAUUAUUAAAUUUAGCUCAGAUAAUUGUGACUGAAGCCGAAAGCUUCUAAAUAAUAGAGGUUUUUUUAACUGAACCUUUCUCAGUUGUAGGAAUCAUCUCAGAGUAAAAACCAAAACUGAUUAGGACUACUUUAACAAGAACAACUGCUUGUAACAAUGAAUAUCUAGUUGUUCCAGAGCAACUUUAAAUGCCAGUCAUGUUCAUUUUGUUUUCUUUUGUAAGCUGUAUUUGUGCCCACAGUUCAUUUUAUUUGUGUUUAAAUAAGAAUUCUCUGUUGGUACAGUGUUUCUCAGACUCGUAUAGAGACCAAUUCUAAAUGAAAAAAUCUGUUGACUAAAAAAAGACAAACAACCUCAAACAAAAAUAUACUUUAAGACAUUAUGAGCAAGGAAAUGAGUGCCACAGUGAAUUCUUAUUUAUUUUCUAUUGAAACAAGUUGUAUGUACAAGUUUUAAUAUCAUUUUGGUCAUAGAUUAAGAGGCAGUAUGGAGAUUUUAAUUAGUUGACAUAUUGAGUAACUAGAUCGUCAUACUGUGCCAUAAUUGUCAUACACUAAUAUAGAACAAUUAGAUUUGCUUUUAAAUUGUUUGAUAUAACAGUGACAAUACCAUAAUAUAAUAACAUUUUAAGCACACAAAAGACUUUUUUUUAUGGUAAUGUAAUUUACAAUACAAAGAUUUCAUUUAUUCUUAUAGCACUCUAUGAUUCAGAAUGGCUUACAGCACUGACCCAAAACAAACAUCAGUUAAGUAUUGUAUGAGAAAAUCAUGUCGUCCUAGUAGUGCUGAUCAUAAUACUUUCCAAAUGUGGUCUCCUAGCAUAGAGUUCAUUAAUAAUAAUCAUCUCAAAUUGUUCUUUUUUCUAUUUACAAGGAAUAAAAAUACAAUACAAAUCAUCACUGCUUGGCUUCUUAGAAUGAUAAGAGGAAUAAAACUAAUGGAAAGUUGCUUAAUUUUAAGAGGAAAGAGGCUACCACCAGAAAAUGUAGUUAAACUUUGCUUCUCUUCAACACUGUGUCACAUGGAGCCUUUGCAUACUGCCUUCUGAAUAUUUGGUCAAAAUAGUGACGUUCAUUUCAUUGUGGCAGAACUUUGGCGAUGGUAUUUUCUAACCAAUCAUUGUGGAGUCAUUGUGGAGUUUAUGUAGUUAAUUGUUGUUCUUGAGAACUCCAGUUAGUCUGUCAAAAUACUUCUGCAGCCUGUUUAGAAAGAAACUAAGCUUAAUAAUGCAGUUAUGGCGUUUUGGCUGUGUGGAACUUAAACUCACUACAGUCUGGUCACUAAGCACUGAACCUUGUGAUGCAGAAGUUGAGGGCUUUUUUAUUUUUAAUUGUAUUGUUCUACUGUAUCAUUAUUUUCCUGUAUUCUUAUCCAUUUUGCUUAUUAUGUCUGACUACAUAAAUACACUUAAAUAUGGAAACUGUACAACACUUGAUGAAAUUGUGGCUAUUCAUAUCAUGAGAUUUUAUACAACGGUGUCACGAGUAUGAACGUGGCUUUUUGGCUUCUUUUGGACGUGAAUUAUGGAACUCAAAGAAUCUUGUUGUAAUUAAAUGUAAUUAAUUAAUCAAGACUCAUUUCUUCAAGCCUGGUUCACUGUAGCACAUAACUAGGCUGAAAUAAUAUUCCACAGUGUUUUGAUCCACUAGUGUAAACCCAAUUGUAUUUACACAGUAUAUUUUCACAGUAGUGCUAUAAUAAAGCAUAAUAAAUCUUA